AUGGCGUUUUUGAAAAAAAAGAGUGCGGAGAGAAAAGUGGAAGAUAUUAUGCCAGAGCAGCUGGGUGAUUUAUUGAGUGAAUUUAUAAUAACUGUCAAGAGUAAAGACGGAGGCGAAUUCGAGCCUUCAAGCCUGAGAGGAUUUCUUUCCAGCUUCAACCGUCACUUGAAAGUUUGUAAAUAUCCAAAGAGCAAAAUGGAGGACCUUGAGUUUGAACAAACUCGAAUAGCUUCGGAGUCUCGAAGCAGACAACUGUAAUAGGAAGGGAAGGGCAACAAGCCAAACGCAGUAGAGGCUAUAACAGACGAGGAGGUGAACAUUCUAUACAUGAAAAACCUGCUUGGAAUUACGAGUGCUAAGGCUUUGUUGAACACGUUGUAGUUUAUGAACUCCAUUUAUUUCGGGUUGAGAAGCUGUAACGAGCACCGACAAAUGACUUGGGGAGAUGUUCAACAUAUUAGAGAUGUGGACCGACCUGAAUAUUUAGAAUACUCUGAACGACAGACCAAAUGAGAACAGGAGCGGAAAUUCGAAAUAUCAGAUCAGUCAAGCCUAAAGCUUUCGCUACUCAAGAGGGGCCAGAUGAAAGAAACUCCGUGUUUGUUUACAAAAUUUAUCGCGAGAAAAGACCAAACUCAGUACUGACCACCGAGGCCCCUUUAUAUCUUAGUGUCAAUUGUUCAAAGGAUUCUGGUAAAUGUUGGCUUUUAAGGCAGGUGCAAUGGGGGUCUGAACUCGUUAAUGAAAACCAUGGCAAACAAAGCUGGACUCGACGAGAAGCGACGGCUCACGAACCACAGUGCAAGAAAAACGAUGAUAAAAAAACUUAACGAUAGCCGCAAUAUUCCCCCCGCUCACAUCAUGCAGCUUUGA